AUACGAAGUUCUGGUACAGUACAGUACAGUACAGUACAGUACAGUACAGUACAGUACAGNGUACAGUACAGUACAGUACAGUACAGUACAGUACAGUACAGUACAGUACAGUACAGUACAGUACAGUACAGUACAGUACAGUACAGUACAGUACGGUACGGUACAGUACAGUACAAUACAAAUCGUACAGUACGGUACAGAACUUCGUAUCUGCUAAAAGAAAUGAAGAAGAUUUUAGAUUUUUUCUUCCGCAAAUGAAGAAGAUUUUAGAUUUUUUCUUCCGCACAGCUCCGCCAUGCCGUGUCGGAAAGAUGUUUAGUCAAAAGAAUAUAAACCAUGGAAGAUAUCCUUUUAGCAACCAAGAGAGACGCCUCUCCAUCACAAGACCGCAUUAUUUUUUCAGUCCUUCGUUAUGUCGUCUCCAACAACAGCAGUUGCUAAGCAAGACCCCGCGUACAAGACAACCAAAGCUCCCAUCGAGGGGAAGGUCUACUUCAGUUACGCCGACAUCCACGAUACCAUGUCCCGGCUGGUUCCAAGAAUCAAGGCCUUCGAUCCUUCUGUCAUCAUUGCCAUUGGCGGGGGUGGCUUCAUUCCGGCGCGAAUCCUGCGGACCGAACUGAAGAUACCGAUCCUGGCUGUCUCGCUGGAGCUCUACGAUGACAGCACAAACACGGCCCGUUCGUCAGUGAAGAAAAUCCAGUGGUUCGACGAAGCGUCCGAGGUGGGGAGUCGGGUCCGGGGCCAGAAGAUUCUGGUGGUAGACGAGGUCGAUGACACCCGCACAACGCUCCAGUAUUGCGUCCGUGAGCUCGUCCGAACCAACGCACCGAAGGAAAUCGCCGUGGCGGUCGUACACAACAAGCUCAAGCCAAAACGGGGAAUCCUUCCCGAGAACGUCGUUUACAUGGCGGGCACCGACGUGGGAGACCACUGGAACUGCUAUCCGUGGGAUGCGGCGGCGUAUGGGAACACCAUUUACCAGCACGAAGAGCUGGCGAGGAAGUGUAGCAGCACUGGAAACAGCGAAUGACCACUCCAGCAUGGGAUGACAAGAGAAACGAUCAAAGCAGGCUCUCCAGCUUAUUUCCGUUGAAGAAAAGUCGAGACGAAGAUUGAAAAAAACUUUUUCUAGCAC